UAGACACCAUUUUUUUCGUCUGCUUGAGUCGUAGGAAAACAUGGUCAAGAUAAAGACCGCUACAAAUGCAGAAACGCCUCAAAAAGGUGAACGCGGGGCAAUAUUAACACAAAAGCAGUAUGAUUUAAUCGUUGCAUUUCACCGGAAUGGCGUAGUGCCUUCACAAAUUGAGUUGGAGGAUGCGGAAAUUGGUGACCCGAAUCAAUCUGCUUAUAACAAGACAGGAAGAUUCAAGUCAUGGGCAAGAAGGAUGUAUCUACGAUUGUCAGACGAUACGCUGAUUCACAAAAUCACAGGAAAGAAAAUAUUGCCACAAGAAAAAUUUGAGUCGGUUAUUUUGGCUGCACACCGUGGAAGUCAAGCCGGAGGUUCAAACAGUUACAAUCACCACAGUACUUCAGCUACAAUCAGAAAGAUGAUGAAGAAAUAUACCUUUGGAAAGAGGAGCUUUGGAAUGAGUGAAGAAACUGUCAGAGAUGUCUUGAUGUCAUGUACAACUGGAUCAUGUGCUCUGAAGAAAAACCCUACAAAAAGGAAUAGAGCAAGGAAGAAGAUAGUUAAAGACAUUCAGCAUGUAUCCGCAAAAGCAAGAGCAAUGAUUGUAGAGCUGCAAAAGUCGCUACCUGUUGUAAAGCCCAGAAUGAUUGUUCCUAAAGAAGCUGUUACUGCUCCAAAAACAACUGCCACCAUUACCAGGGCUGUGCCUCUCAUUACAACAUCGGAUAGUUGUCUAAAGCCCACAUACCCUAUGGUCUACACCAAUAACAUUUUCAACCGAUGUCGACCAUCAAUUACUGCCACCGGAGUGAAUCCGGCUACCACAGCAUUCCUUCCCCAUCCUGGUGUGCCCCCAAACUUCAUUGGUGUGCCCCAGUUGUUGCCUGGAUUAGGUUCUAAGAUGUACUUGGUGCCCCACACUCCAGGGUCCAACUUCAUGUCAUUGUUGCAGGCUACUGCGCCACAGACUCAGCAGCUGAACCCAGGGGCAAACUUACCAGGCCAUGUUAUUUCUACAACUGUCUUACAGCCAUCUGUUGGACAAGGAUACAGUGUUCCUGAUCAAGCAUUACACACCAAAUCAACAAAAAAAGGAAAUGUAGGCAAGAUGUCGGCCUCAAAAUCAAAAACAGAUGACCGUGGAUCCAAACUUCUGAAAUCUUUAGCCAAUAAAUCAAAGAAAAAGUUUGAUGCCCUGAAAAAUACCAAGACACCUGAACUUGCCAAAAUGUUAGCUUUACCUACUCUUGUGAAGCCUGCUACAAGUGAGGACAACAUUGCAAACCAAUCAAGUACUCUUCAUCUUCCUAAACCUCCCGUUCUACAAGGACCCCUAAACAUGAUGAAGAGUGUUGUAGAAAACGUGGGAUCUGUGGUCCGAAACAGCAGCACAUUACAUACAGCGACACAGGAAACAGCAGAUAAGAAAACUAUAACAAUCUGUGUCUUUCCAUUCCCCGCCAACUCUGUGUCAAGUAAUAUUACCUCCCAAGCAAGUGCUACAGUUGGAUUUCCUGUCUCUAUCACCUCUCUAUCUAGUGGUAGUGCAAAAUCUGCCAAAUCAAACAUAACUGGUAAAUCUUUUACAGGUCAAGUAAGCUAUUCUUCACUAGCUAAUGUGGACACAACACAAUCCAUUACAGCCCCAGUCAGUAGUCUCAAAACAGACUGCAAGGAGAACACUGCUAACAUUUCCCCACGGAAAGUUCUUUCAGAGUCAUCUGCCAAUACAAAGAAGAAACUAAAGGCUAAACUUUCUUCUCAGAGACUGUCAAAAGGUCCGAAAUCUCCUGUAAUAAAGGAUAAUUUCAAAAUUGUUUCCGCAAACACAAGUGAAAAUGGUGAUGCCACAUUGCUAAUUCAGAACCCUGACUCGCAAAAAUCAAUCAAGUUGGACAGGGCAAGAUUGCUGCACCUUCUGAAAAAGGAAAAAUCUUCAAAAAUUAAAGCUUUGCUUCUGAGAACUCUUCGUAGACUGAAGAAAACUACAAUCAACCCACUUCGUUCUUGUCUUAACAUGACCAACAAGGAAGAAAAUAUCCCAGAAGAAAAUUUUGAAUGUAAAAAGGAGUUCGAUUCUGGCCAAGAGCUUUCAGCACAUGCAAGUCUAUUCUCUGAGCUUAUCCCAGAAGAUGAAUGCAGUCAGCAGGCUGAAUGGAACCUGAAGUGCAUCAGUGUGCUUGGCGAGGCAAUAAAUAUGUAUGAACCACCGUUGUGCUCAACCUUUCCUAACCCUCUCGAGAAGAUGGAACAAUGUCGGGUAGAGAUUCCAUUCCCAGAUUCAGGACCAUUACCACAACCCCAUAUCUGGCACCACUAUGAAGAUAUCUUGAGUCAACGACAUUGCUUCAAACGCCUGCUGCCUGUGUUUAAAGACAUGAAGCUUGACAUCAUGAGAAGUGCAAUGAAGGAUCAAUCUGCUGUAGAACGUCUAAAGAAAAAAAUUACCUAUGGAGAAAGCUUGAUCAAUCGGUUCAGGGAAUACCUCGGUGGGUUUGAGGAUUGAGGACUGAAAUAAGCAAUCUUCUCAUCGAUGGUGCAACAUGUCUACAUCAUCAAGUAUAGACACUGGAAUAAGCAACAUUUUUAUUUGUGGUCGCUCCAUGUCUUCAUCAUGUGGUAUGAGGACUUGAAGAAGCAAUGUUCCCAUCAAUGAUCACUACGCCAUCAUGUUUAUACAAUUUGGUAUUGACACUGGAAUAAUGGAAAUCCCCUGUGGUGGUCACUUCUGCAUGUCUAUAUCAUUGAAUAUAUAUGAGGAAUCUUCUCAUUUGUGGUCGCUACAAAUCUACGUCAUUUAGUACAAAGACCAGAAUAAGCAAUAUCUUUUAUCAGUUGUUGUUACAAGAACCAGAAUAAGCAAUAUCUUUUAUCAGUUGUUGUUACAAGGACCAGAAUAAGCAAUAUCUUUUAUCAGUUGUUGUUACAUGGACCAGAAUAAGCAAUAUCUUUUAUCAGUUGUUGUUUAAUACAUGGACCAGAAUAAGCAAUGUCUUUUAUCAGUUGUUGUUACAUAGACCAGAAUAAGCAAUAUCUUUUAUCAGUUGUUGUUACAUGGACCAGAAUAAGCAAUAUCUUUUAUCAGUUACUGUUACAUGCUUCAUAUUUAAGGUAAUGGUUUUCUAUUGAUUCUGAUCUUUAUUUUGAAGUUGGAAAAAAUAAGUUUAUUUCAA